CCUCCCACUCCGUUGCGUUAGAAGGUGACUAGCUUCCCUUCGACACGCAGGCCCUGACACUCAUAAUCUUUGCAAAUCUCUCAAGUCUGAGGCUUCCUCCGUGUCUCAGUUCCGCGAGCAACCUGCCAGGCUCAACAGCAUCCCGUGUGCCUCUUAAGUUGUUCCAGGCCGGGCCCAGGAUCACUUGAAGCUCUCUGUCAGGAAACGAGGGUCUUCGAGAAUCGAAGACCGGCCGACUGUCCAAGCAUGCGGACGCCGAUACAGCGCACCGCGGCCGUCCCGGGGCCUCCACCAUACCCUUCAAGGCAAUUGCUCAUUCUCGCGCUCUGUCGGAUAUGCGAACCCAUUGCUUUCAUGUCCAUUUUCCCCUACAUUUACCACAUGGUAAAGGACUUCCACUUGACCGAGGAUGAGAGCCAGAUCUCGUUUUACGCUGGCUGCGUGACAUCGGCGUUUACCUUUGCCGAGUUUUUGACCAGCGUUUUCUGGGGAAGACUCAGUGACAAAAUCGGGCGAAAACCGGUUUUGCUCAUGGGAAUGGGCGGCACUGGCUUGAGCGUCCUCAUCUUUGGCUUUGCCCCAAGUCUUCAAGUCGCCCUGCUUGCCCGUGCCUUGGGAGGGUUUCUGAACGGCAAUAUCGGAGUGAUUCAGACGACCGUAGCAGAACUUAUCAAAGUCAAGGAGCACCAGCCUCAGGCGUACUCGGUCAUGCCCACGGUCUGGUGCAUCGGCUCGAUCGUGGGGCCGAUGAUCGGAGGCGCCCUGGCAAAGCCGGUCGAGACGCUACCGUCUGUGUUCGCCCCCGGCAGCCUUUGGGACCGGUUUCCGUAUCUGCUACCGAAUUUGUUCAGCGCCGUCUGUGUGUUCAUCGGCGUUAUCAUUGGCAUCUUGUUCUUGGAAGAGACGCACGCCGAAAAGAAGGAGCAGCGCGACCGUGGCCUAGAAUUUGGCAAACUUCUACUUUCUCGCCUGCCCUGGAGGAAUGGCAAAGGCAAAGCGCCUGCCAAGUCUGCCGAGGAGCAACCUCUCCUCUUUGAAACCGACGAGCCACUGCCUGGUUACCUGACGAACGACGGCUCGCCGCGCCUGGCAUCCCGCGCAGACACUCUCGCUGACGGUUCUCCUGACCUUGAACAAGCGGACGGUAGUCAAUUAUCGUGCAGAUCCGAAACGAAGCCUCCGGGCAAAAUCUUCACGAAACCAAUCCUUAUUAUCAUUGCCUCAUACGGCAUCCUCGCAUUCCACACCAUGGUAUUUGACGCGUUGCUCCCAGUAUUCCUCAGUACGAACCCCCCAGGUUCCAAGGAGCCGGCGUCACUUCCCUUCAAAUUCGCCGGCGGCUUUGGUUUGGAUACCCAAUCGAUCGGCGUCAUCUUGUCAGUCCAAGGCAUAUACUCCAUGGCCUCAACACGAUUGAUUUUCCCUCGGAUCGUCGAGAAGCUUGGAGCGCUUCGCGUCUUCCAGCUGAUGAGCCUCUUCUAUCCGAUGCUGUAUUUCUUGACGCCUUACAUCGUCCUCCUGCCUGACAACCUUCGUAUGGUCAGCAUCUACGCCAUCGUGGUUUGGAAAUGCACCUUUUCGACGCUGGCUUAUCCGAGCAACACCAUGCUCACCAGCAAUUCGGCACCGACCACACUGGCCCUGGGUACCAUUAACGGUGCUGCUGGCUCGACGGCCAGCUUGUGCCGGGGACUGGGGCCGAUAAUCUCUGGGGUAUUUUAUACGAUGGGUCUGGAGAGCGGCUACUCGAUUCUAUCGUGGUGGGUCACCGGCUUGGUAGCAAUAGGUGGCGCAUAUGUCGGCAUGCAGAUUACGGAACCUCGAGGAAGGAUGGACGAGAAAGAGGACAUCGAGGCAGUCCCAGCAUCACAAGACAUUAUGGAUCGUGAAGAGAUGGAACAAGAAUAACGCCGCUCUUCAAUUCUCUCUUUUUGUUUGCGGAUCGUCGGGGCUCGACACCUCCGUGGGGUGAGAGCCGCGACCGCUCGGUCAAAGCUAGAUGGAUGGGCGACGUUUUUUUCACACGGUCAAGGUGAAGUUUCAGGAGUUUACAUUUUCACCCACAUUUUCCUCGGCAAUGGGUAUCAGUUUUCGGAGUUUUGUUGGGAUAGACGGGUACUGCGCUGGGAGGCGGUUGCUAAU